AUGUCGGACGUUCGUCCGCGCAAUCGUCGGUCGCGAAAGGGUAUCAUCGAACGAUCGUUGACGAUUUGUGCGCUUUCGAUACUUUUGUUCGCGUCGCGAGUGGUUUCGGAGGCAAUAAAUGGUCGCGUCGUCGAGGAAGGCGAUCGAACGCAGCGAGAGGAGGAAGAUACAAAAAAGUUGUAUCGAGGAGGAGGAGGAGUGAACUUCUUCGACGCGCCGUUCGGGGACGUGAACGCGAAAGAUGUGCCGAGCAACAACAACAACAACAACAACAACAACGCGGGAGUGAGCGUUGCGGCGUUUGCGCCGAGGAGGGCAUUGCAGGUAAGCGCGAGAGCGUUUCGUUCUUUUUUGUUAACAAAAGAGUUUUCUCUUGGAAUUUCCAAACCGCCUUUUCGCGUUUCGGAUCCAGGAGUUGGCGAGGAUUUGAGCGCGUGCGCGGAUCUCGCCGACGGCAACCUCGCGUUUAGCGUGCACACGUGGUCGUCUUCGCCUUCGGAGGAAGUGUUGCGACUCGGUGCGAUUGCCGGAAACGUCGUGGAUGCAGCAAGAGAGACGUACGUUUCAAUCGUGGUGACAAGAGCGAGUGGAGCGAACGUAAACGAUCCGGUAUCUUUGGCCGGAGUAACGUUGCCUUUUCAAUGGUCGAGAGCGGUUGCCGUGGAGGACGAAGUUUCGGGCGAGACGACGUACGAACCGAGACCAAAGGAGGAGUUUGUCUUUGCGUGUUGGGGUGGACAAAUACUUCCGAAAGGUUCUUCUUCCUCUUCCAACGAGGGUAGGAACGAUGUGUCUUGCGAAGAGAUUUCGCUCACGAUGGACGAUGUUGGACCGAGAGUUACUUUCGGCGCAAACGUCGUUUUGCUCCCAGGCGAGUUUCUCGUCGGCGGGUACUCAAACUUCCUUUUUUCUUUUAAGCACGUCGAGAGUAAAAAAAUUGAAUCGUUGAUGACGUUACGAGCGCCAGUUUGCGACGUCGAAGCGAUGAACACGCUAUCCUCCUCCGUCGCGGUUGUGAGUCCGAACAUGAUUUUUGGCUGGAACCCAAACGUCGGUUUGGAUUUAAACGCGUGUCCGUCACUCGUAGACGUUACGUUUACGACGGUGAAACCGCGACGAUUGACUACUGUUGACGCUUCAUCAUCGUUAGUCUCUGGAGUACUCGGGCAAAGAACGUGUCUCACGUUAGAUCUCACCGAUUUAGUGCUCGAAAUCGAUUUAAUCGAAGAAGGUGAAGACGUUUCUACCACCGCCACGUCAAUUACGUGCGAAGGUUUAGCAAUCGCGACACCUCCAGAAAUGCUCGAUAUGCGAGAGCAGAUCACAAAUUUUUCGUGCGAAGACGCGAGGUUUGAAGUCUCACUCGAUGGGUCAAAGCUUCGAGUUCUCUUGAACGAGAACGUCAAGUUGUGUCCCGGUUGUUUCAUCGUCGGAGGUAACGACAAUGUCUGGGCUAGGUAUGAGACGACGACGACGACAACAACAACUGAAACGACAACUGAAACAGUACCUUCUUCUCCUGCUUUGUCUCCUUCUUCUUCUUCUUCGCUGUACUGUGAAGGCGAUGCAGAGCUCGCACCUCCGAUUCGCGCGUGCAAUGCCGAAGAGAACGCAAACUACAACGGCGAGGAUAUUACCGAAGGUGUCUUUCUCGCCUCUUCCGCAGACGCUUGCUGCGUAGCGUGCCAAGAAAAUCCCAACUGCAACGUCUGGACGUACUGCACAGACGAAGCUGGUGGUUGUGGUCUGAAUGAAUACGUGUCAUCUUAUUCACAAUGUACUUUGAAGGUCUUGGACCAGGCAAUAAUUUCUGCAAGCGUCGAUACUGAGAUUCCGGGAUCUCGAGGCGAGGACGUCACCUACACAUCUGGAAUUUUGCUCGAUAAAAUUGUUGAACCGAUCGCGAGAGAUACGAGCGACGUGAAGUUCCCACCUUGUAACGCAGAGAUAAACGCCAACUACAUCGGAGACGUCAUCGCAAAUGUGACUGUAGACCUUGCGGUGAAUGCUGGAGCGUGUUGUGCGGCGUGUUUGGCAAACGCAAACUGCGAGCUUUGGGUAUUUUGCGAUUCAGAAGGAGGAUGCGAUGAAUACCCCUAUCGCACGUGCACUUUGAAAACGUUUCCUUUAAAUAUCGCGGACGCGUCGUUGGAGUCUCCUGCCGCAUACGCGAGAGGCCCGAACGUUAACUGGACCUCUGGUAUCGUCACUUCCCGAAUUGAUGUUGGCGAGUUGCCCGAACCGACCAGUGAAAGCUGCGAGAUCGAGCAACGCGCGAAUUACAAAGGUGAUCCUCUCAACGUUGGUACUGAUUUGAUCGUAGACUCCGUGGAAUCGUGCUGCAUCGAGUGCAAGAAAAGAUCUGAUUGCAAUGUUUAUGUUUUCUGUGAAAACGAAGAUGGUUGCUCCAACGCCUAUUUUAAUUACGGUUUCGGCGAAUGUUGGCUAAAGAAAGCUCCGGCUGAAUUUUUAGUCUCGGAAGAAUUCCCGGCUUGGGAACGCGGCGAGGGCGUUCCUUGGGCAUCCGGGAGAGUUUCUCCGAGACCAAUCGGGCCAUUUGAGAUUCCAAAAUCGUGCGCCUCCAAGACGAACGCGCUAAGAGAUGCGUGCACGCCUUUGCUCGCGGAACCAGAAGCCAGAUCUGGCGAUACGACCAAGUGCUGCCAGUUGUUGGAAGCGUCGAACGUAGAUCGCUGUUUCUGUGAAAGCGACGCUUUAGCAGAACUCGGUGAUCGAGAAGAUGUGCUGUUGGUUGCCGAAGCCGUGUGCAAUUUGACGGAGCCACUUUUGAUCGGAGAGAAAUGUGUGCCCGUGGAAGAAGUGAUUACGGUUGAAAUUUCUCCCCCGCCUCCUUCUGUGUCGCCGCCGCCGCCGCGCGCACCGUUUGCAGUUGUUUCGGUUGAGUCUCCACCACCGCCAUCUUCUCCACCUCUGAUUCCGAUGCCACCGCCUCCGUUGGUGAUCGCGUCACCUCCUCCUACAUCUCCGUCGCCACCGCCGCCUUCACCGGUUUUAGUCGUCGCUUCGCCGCCACCUCUUCAACCGGCUGCUCCCAAUCCACCGCCGCCGAUGCCGAACCCCCCACCACCAAUGGCACCUCCGGUGUAUCCACAACCACCUCCACCUAUUCCAAAUCCACCACCGCCGCUCAGUCCCAGUCCUCCACCCUUUGCCCCAGCGUCGCCCCCACCAUCGCCGUUUCCACCGAUUCCUCCGUCUCCGUUGGCGCCGCAGCAGCCUUCUCCUCCUCCACCAUUCGCUCCUCCACCAAUUCCUCGCUCUCCGUGCGUCCUCCUCACAGAGUCAAUUAAUACGGAUUGUAGCGCGCUGUUUGUGGAAAACGGUCAGCAAAGCACGAUUUCGCAGACGUGUUGUAGUUUGAUACAGACAGCAAACAACGAUCGACGAUUCGAUUAG